CUUCGCCAGGACCCCCCAGCACCAACACGGAAGGGCCAGUUUAUAAGAAAGUGCAUAAUGUGUGCGUCAAACCCGUUUUACAUCUUGAACGAAUGCAGAUGGAAUAUUCGGCUGAAGAUAUUGCAGCGGCUAGGAGUCUGCAGUGUUUAGUGUACCUAUGCACGUCAAUGGCGGUGUUCUGGACCUAUGAUUAUGCAUGUUCACUACACGAAGAGUGGACAUUCCUCUUUCGGUCGCGCUGGACCAAGUUAUAUAGUGCAUUCGGAUCCAGCACACAUCUUCCUGAUGGUGAAUUAACAUAUCGUGCUUCAGAGUACUUCAACCCGAAUGAGAAUUCCGAUAAAUGCCAGAUGUUGAUCGUGAUUUACUCAUAUUUCAGCAUGAUAUCAGUCGGUUGCUCUGAAUUGUUUUUUGUGCUCAGAACAUAUGCGCUCUGGAACAACAAUAGAAUCAUCCUCGUAGCCAUGUUGUCCACCUUUCUCGCUGUUGCAAUUGCAUCCACCGUCAUUUGUUUCAUCACCGUCGGCACAUCACAAGUUACGACCAGCGCAAUCCCAGGCAUCCCAGGCUGCUACCGGACUUCGACCAGCUUCAACUUGAAUGCCAUACAAUUUCUUCUCUUGUUUGCAUUUCAAUUAGGACUCGUCUGCCUCACGCUCCUACGUGUCAUACAGAGCUGGCAGACGACCAACGGCCCUCUGUACGCCAUCCUGGUCAAGCAUAACAUAUUCUGGUAUGCAUCCGGUCUAUUUCUCUCGGCCAUGAACAUACUUAUAUCGAUCAUGUUUACACAUUCCGCGUACCACUCCCUUAUUGAAGAUUUUGAGUUCGUGGUCCUUACAAUCCUCGCCACGCGCAUGCACCUCCAUGUCUGGCAGAUGGACCAGGAUGCACACGGCUCUGAUGCCCUUGGGAUGAUUUAUUUGUUUGAUAUGCUCCCGGCCGACCUUAUGGCAUGACGUAUUGUUGCGUGGCUUAUUCGGCACCGUUUGUGGAGUGAUAUUUGAACUGAAGGGAUCGCUUUGGAGGCGCUUAACUUAGAAGAACAUAUUUUAUGUUAAAGGCGGUAGGUGCCUUUGGUUGGCCUUGAUCUAUACAACAUCAAUAGAUGUCUAGUUUCCAC